CUAUUUAUGAAGCGGGUGCGCUACUAUCGCAAUGUUUUGAAGGACACGGCUUGAAUGCGGAAAGUUUUUCUCUUUGGUGGUGUGAUGUAUGUGGAAAAAGAUUUAGUUCUUCGGAAUCUGGUUAUUGCGAAAUUUGCGAUUUUAACGCCUGUCUCGACCAUUGCAAGCCUGGACAGAGAUGUAAAUCUAAGCUCUGUAAUAACAGACAUCCUCUUUAUUAUCUUCCAUCCCCAUUCACUUGGACAUGUAAU